UGUUGAUAGUGGCCACAUUGGCGUCUACUGUCAUCCCCUUAUACGCUACAUACUAACGCUCUACAACCUCCUACAACCAUCAGGCUAGACUGAUUCGGUCUGUGCGGUGCGGCCAGUCAAUCGCACUCAGUCUCCGGAGAAGCGUUUUUGCGUUCGGUUGUGUUAUUUCGCUGCUCCGCGGUCGGUGUGAGUGCUUAGCCAGCAGGAGAAAAAGUUUGAGAGAAGCAGCCAAAUCGCUGAAAUUGUGAAUAUUGAUGUGCUAAUACUGUGAUAAGGCAGAAAGAAAUAAAACUGGGUGGAUGUCAGAUCUUCAUAUAUUUAUAGAUAUUGAUACUGGUGCUUAAUUGAAGAAAGUGACAAAGGUUAAUUAUUUAGCAGUGUAAAAAUGGAUGGCGACAGUGCUCAAUCAAUCUGCGGAUUCAAACAACAAGUGGUAUCAGUACCUCAGUACGGCCUAAAGCUUAAAUUCAAUCACGUUUAUCCGGAGACCAGGAAUCAGAAUUUGAAGCCUUCCCUUCGUCAAAUAUGGCCCAUUAUUCCGAUGGCUUUGAGAUACAUCCCCUACUACUGGAAGGUGUCACGCGAAAACCGCCAGGUCCUGAUGGACUACUGGUACACCGAGAACGGGAAGCAGAUCUACGGUGCCCCGAUCGGGGGCAUUGGCGCCGGCACGAUUGGGCGUGGAUUCGCCGGCGAGUUCUGUCGCUUUCAGCUCAAACCGGGCCUGUACGAGUACAACACGGUGCACGCGAAUCAGUUCAUCGUCACCAUAAAGGACGAAUCCAACGUGACCAUAUUCCAGAGUUUGCUCUCCUCCUACAGUCGACCCAAGAGCCCCUUAUCCAGCUGGGAAACCAACAUCAACUCUUCCAAGUGCAACUACACGGCCCUGUAUCCCCGUGCUUGGUCUGAGUACGAUCUGAGUGAGUACGGCAUUAAGCUGAUUCAGCGUCAGAUUUCACCCAUCAUUCCCCAUGACUACAAGGAGAGCUCUCUACCGGCGGCCGUUUUUGUGUGGACGGUGGAAAAUGUCUGUGGCAAGGAUCGGCAGGUCACGAUAACGUUCACAUUCAAAAACGGCACCGGUAACAAGAAGCAGGACGCGGAAGGAAAUAGCGAGACGGCCGAAUUCAAUCAGAGUUUGGCCAAAGGUGUCAGUAUUAAGCAAACCAUAGCGGACAUGCAGUGCACGUACUGCGUUAGUUGUAAGACUUCUUCGGAAAUUAACCUUACGAGGUGCUUGAAGUUCGAUCCAACUGGAAGCGGUGAAAAGUUGUGGAAUGACUUGAAGGAGAAUGGAAAGCUGACGGAGGCUUCCGUUGAUGAAAAUUUGAAGAGCAAGGACGUGGCUGUGGCAGUCAGCGCACAAAUCCUAGUACAGUCGGAAAGUAGCUCCGAUUUGGAGUUUUCUCUAGUCUGGGACAUGCCAAAGAUACACUUCGGUAAGAAAGCGAAGGAAUUCUACAAAUAUUAUACCAAAUACUUUGGGAAAUCUGGUGAUGCGGGACCAUCGAUAUCGGAUUACGCUCUACAAAACUACGGAAAAUGGGAAACAUUGGUGAACGAAUGGCAGCGGCCUAUACUGGACGAUAGUGACCUUCCGGACUGGUACAAAAGUGCCAUUUUCAAUGAACUGUAUUUUAUUGCCGACGGUGGGAGCGUCUGGCUGACCACAGAUGAUGCUGAGCUUCCGUAUGACGAUCCUAGAUUGGCUUAUGGAAGAUUUGCCUAUCUGGAAGGGCACGAAUACCGCAUGUACAAUACGUAUGAUGUACACUUCUAUGCUUCUCACGCUUUAGCCAGUCUUUGGCCCAACCUACAAGUAAGUUUACAAUACGACUACAAAGACAGUAUUAACCAGGAGAUAACCGAAGGGCGGAAGCAUCUCUACGAUGGAAAGAUUAUUCCGAGGAAAAUCAAAAACUCGGUGCCACAUGAUUUGGGAGAUCCAGGUGAAGAUCCAUUCAACCUGAUCAACGCGUAUCCGAUACACGAUGUUUCCGAGUGGCGGGAUUUGAAUACAAAAUUCAUCCUCCAAGUCUAUCGCGACUACUACACGCUCAACCACUACGCACAAUUGAAUGCAGAAAAUUCCAGUAAAUUUAGCUCAAUAGAGUUCAUCGACAAAGAAAGCAUGUACGAAACGUAUGUCCAAGACAAUCGCAACAAAGUGUCUCAGGAGGAGAAACAACAAAACAGGAAAUCCGCUUCGAUGUACAUAAACGAAACCAACGGGAAGGUGUACUUGAUGGAUGCCAUGACCUAUCUGAAGAGCAUGUAUCCCGCCUGCAAACAAGUGCUGGAGAAAACGUUGUUGUGGGAUACGGAUAACGAUGGUAUUAUAGAGAAUAGCAAGUGUCCGGAUCAGACCUACGAUACAUGGGUCAUGGACGGGCCUAGCGCAUACUGCGGAGGGCUUUGGUUGGCCAGCCUGCACUGCAUGUCCGUGAUGGCCAACUUGCUGGACCAAUCGGACGAUUGUAUCAGGUAUCGUGAACUUUUGGAGAAAGGUAAGGUGUCAUUCGAGGAGAAGCUUUGGAAUGGAUCCUACUACAGGUUCGACAGCCAGAGUGUGUCGAAGAAUUCGAUCAUGUCGGAUCAACUGUGCGGUCAUUGGUAUUUACGUUGCUGUGGGUUUGAUUACGAUAUUGUUCCAAAAGAAAAUGUUAGGACAGCUCUGAAAACAAUAUAUGACAACAAUGUGAUGGGUUUUUGUGGGGGAAACAUGGGAGCAGUCAACGGCUACGUGCCAAGCACCCAACCCAAUAAAGAUGGAAGAGCCGAUGCGUCCACAAUACAGGGGGAGGAAGUGUGGACCGGGGUAACGUACGCCCUAGCGUCGACUAUGAUCCAUGAGGGAAUGUUCACCGAAGCUUUUCAAACUGCUGGCGGAAUGUAUCAGGCGAUAUCUGAAAAAAUUGGCAUGAAUUUUGAAACACCCGAAGCACUGUACGCCGAGCGUCAUUAUCGGGCAAUUGGUUACAUGCGACCACUCAGUAUUUGGUCAAUGCAAACGGCUUGGGAACAAAAGAAGCAGAAUAGAGAUUAGAUUAAUAAGCGUUAGCAUAAAUGUAGAAGAUAUAUUUUCUGUUCUGUGAUGGGACAAAACUAAAACUCGUAUUCAGAUAUAUGGUGCCGUUCUGUAGAUCUAGUUUUAUACUUUAACAAUUUCUAUACUUUUAUCUAAUUUAUCCAAAAAGUAAAACAUACAAUCAGUAGAUGGUUAAUACAGCAUUAUUAUAUUACCCUUAUGUGUUUGAAUCCUAUUUCGAACACUUGCCCUCAACUAUUGGUGCUUGAAUCAACGCAAUAAAUCGUAGUAGAGUCUGCAUCCGCAAAUACUGCCAGAAACUUAUAUGGCGAUAUGUAUCCAGCGUUGUUCUGCACAGCAUUAAGAAGUGUCGGCGUUCCACAGUAUCUUUUCGCAAAAAUCUUCUAGUUUCGGCUCGUGCGCAGAGAAAACUGUACAAAAUCGAUUUAAUAACCUGCAGCUCAAUUGGUCUUCUUAAUCUCUAAGUUAAGCGAGACAUAAUGAAAUGAAUAUUAUCCACCGAAAAUCAGUCAUACGUGGUGGAAUUAUUGACGAAAACAUUAGUUGUGGAGGAAGAAAACAGUCCAGGGAAUGCUCUGACUGCUGUCGGCUUCUACUAGUUAUAGGUUAAAGGGUUGCUAUCCGCUCGGAUAUCCGCUUCCGAUGCCGGCUGCUGAUGCUACCGUGGUUCUGUUUUUCUUUGAUUGUUUUACGAAAUAAAUAAUAGCAUGAAGAAAUGUCUACCAUUUCCAUCACUGGUCCUACAUUCUCAUUGCUCAGCCAGUUUAUCAUUUUAGGCAUUCGUAAAUCUAAUGGAAAUUUGUAAAAAAAAAAUACCACAUGAAAAUUUUCUAUACCGUACCGGGAUUCGAACCUAGUCACAUUCAGCAUGGUUUGUUUUGAUACGCGUUUAACCGCACUGAGCUUUACAUAAAAUAACAAUUAUUUGCAACUAAAAUAAAUAUGUUUGAAAGUUCUGAUGGUUUACUAUGAGCUGCUGUUCACGUAUUAAAGUCAGCGUCAUGCCGAGACCAGAAUUUGCUUUCGGAUCAUUGACUUUACCCAAUUUGAGCAUGAAUAUGUAACUUUGAAUAAUAAUUGUAAUAUCGGUGAUAUUAUUUAUUCUCAAACUAUGACCAAAUUGGACUGUGUAGAAUGUAUUGGUCUAUGGUGGUACAAAUAAUAUUUAUUAAUGUUUAUAUUCCUUUAAAAUAAGAACAUCGAGCUUACAGGCAAAAAUAUUCUUAGCAUUUUGAAUAUAUUUUUAAACAUUUCAUAGCUACGUUGACACCGUUAAAUUUUCUAAAUGUACAAUUUUAUUGAACCAAGACCCUCACAAUUGGUGCUUUAAACAAUCGAUCAACUUCACAGUUGAUGUAAUAAUUUGAAAUUGUUAUAAACAUAGCUUUUAAAUUUAUACCUUGCCGGAAAGAAUCCAAUUCUAUUACUUGAAAGACUAACGCUUUGAGCGCUUGUUGCAUUUUGUGGUCCUCCAAGAAUUUUUUUUCAAGUCUUUAAUCUUUUCUUGAAGAUGAGUAAUGGAAAUAUAUAUAUAGAUUAUAUUAAGUAGACAAAAAUUAAAAAAGGCGUGGGAUUGCUAACGGAUUUUGUGAGAGAUGAGAUGGAACCAAAUUCCAAUAGAAAAGAAAACAAAGUUUAACAAAUUCCCUAACAAAUAUGGCAUGGCUUAAUAUAUUGCAAGCUUUUCGAGACCUUAAUAUCAUGUUCAAAAUUACAAACAGAUCAAAGAUCGCAGAAGAAAUGUAACGUUCAAUAUUUUAAAUGUACUUCCUCUUACAUUAAAAAGAUGAGGGAAAAUAUUAGAAUAAAAGUGUAUUUUGAGACCUGAAACUAUAUUACACAAGUUUCGUGCAAGCAAUUAUUUCCACACUCAAUCCCAUUAGUUCAAACACACAUAAUUUGUAGAAUGAAAAUUAAGCCUACAAUGCGCUGAAACUAUGUGUGGUGUUAUUUCGAUAAGUGUAAUAAAAAGAUGCUGGCAAAGGUAUUCAAUAAAAAGCUGUAACCGAA